AUGGCGUCUAACAGCACAACAGGUUCCACCAAUCGGAUCAGCAAACAGGCGUCGUUCUGCUAUUGGUGGAUUGCGCAGAAUGACGUAGCCAAUCAAACAGAGAAUUCAUUCAGUAUCCGGUGUGGUUGCUGCUGGGAGUUUGUGCGAGUGGUGUGCUGCUGGUGGAGUAAGAUGGCCGCCUUCAGGCUGUUUGGUGUGUGCCUGUGCUUCCUGCUGCUCGUCAGCCUGGCUGGCUCUGUGGAUGAGAAGAAGAAAAAGAAGAAGAAGGAUAUUCGGGAUUACAAUGAUGCUGACAUGGCACGGCUGCUGGAUCAGUGGGAGGUGAGAGCUCCAACUAGCAGAGGCUUUAACUAAUGUUUAGGUGGAGAACAAAUAAUGACUUAUUUAACCCCUUAAGGACUAAACUUCUGGAAUAAAAGGGAAUCAUGACAUGUCACACAUGGCAUGUGUCCUUAAGGGGUUAAAAAAGAAAAGGGUCUUAAAAUAGGGACAUGUUUCCAUAUAAUCCUGCCAUGCUGUCACUUUAAUUAUUCAGCUCAUGUAAAUGGUUGUUGCUGUGACUGUUGCAUUGAGUGGGUCUCUGUGUGACAUCUAAUGAUCCAUCCAUCCAUCAAUACAUUGUGAAAGGUAAGAUAUCAGUUUGAUAUAUACAAACCUAUUGUUCAUUGCUAGUCCACGUUCACUUUAGUUUUUCUUUUUUAGACUUGGCUGCUUUGUAUUCAGCCAGGAAGAGUGGGAUUGGAUUCCUGCAGUUUGAAGUCAUUGCCCAUAAGUGUGUAAUUCAGCAUUUCUCUGGUGCUGAUUCAUUAGACUAGGAAUGGUGCAAAGUUAUUGAGGGGGACUGCAAUUGUUAUGCUCAAUUAGCAGAGCAGGGAAAACGCUACCCAUCUCCGCUAUUCUUUAACUGUUUCAGAGACAGUAUUAGUCAGUCAUCCUCGUUUACUGGUUAAAAGGUUACUGCAAGCUUCCUAAUGAGAGGAAACACUUGUGCUGUUACCCAGUAGGGGUACAAACUAUUUUGCAACAGUUUGCCCCUUUCCUGGGUCCCUAUGGGCACCGAAACACAAUGAAUGGUGGCCGAAUGACAUCCAACUUCUGCAGAAGCCACAUAUUCAUUCAUUCAUUCAUUCAUUCACUGUCAGGGUCACUUUCUAAGCUAACAAAUGAUCACCUGCGCAUAAAGUAUACACAGAAUUAGGAAACCUGACUUCUUGUUCUGGGUUAACUUAUAAAAGCUGCUCAAGGUGGAAUUACACCUCUGCUAGCAGCAUUAAAUAACUCUGCAUGUGUACUGUUUCACAGAGCACUGAAGUGGUUGGAGUAACUAUUGAAGAGAAUAGAAAACUUCAGAGUCUUUAGUGUUCUCCUAUAACAGGGAAUUGGGAAAUACCUAAAUCCUGGACUAUUGAUGUUCUUUGAUGACCCAGCUGGAAAUCACUACUCUCUACACCGUUAUUUACGAAAGAGUGAAUUCUCGAGAAUUUCACAUUUUAAGCCAAAAUUGCCGUUACUAUUUUUUUGUUUGACUACAAUUUGAAAUUGUACAGCGUUACGGAAUCUGUUGGCGCUACAUAAUUGGCAAUAACAAUUCCUGACAAUUAACACUUUAGUAAAUAACCCUUUGUAGUGUGAUGUUAUGGAAUUACCAUAACCGGUACUUACACAGUUUGUAGGAUUUUAGUGUCAGCCUGCAGAUCAAUGUCAAACUGUUUUUAUAAUUGUUUGACACUUGCCUAAAUCUCCCUGAUGCCCAAAGUCCAUCUGAUGGUCUCAGAUUUCGUUAAAACGGAUAUUCUCAUUCCCCACUAGAAAAGUAAAUUUUUUCCAGUUAGGACAGUUGUUAGCUAAAAGUGCAAGCUGACACAAAAAUAACUGAUAUUCAACCAGCUCAGUAAUUAUUAACAAGCACUGUUUUUACUGGGUGGAGUCCAAUAAUAAGCAAUGUAGUUAAUGUAUAUUCUCAUUGCUGUGACCCUAGUGCAUUUUUAUAUUAACUGUUUCUGCUGAGCCGUGAUUAUUAUUGGUAUUUAUAUAGCGCCAGCAUAUUCUGUAGCACUUUACAAUAUUAUUAGAGGGGGAGCUUUAACAAUAAAUGAGACAAAUACAAAAAACUUACAGGAACAAUAGGCUGAAGAGGACCUUGCCCAAAUGAGCUUACAGUCUACAGUCAUUGAAUCAUAGUGUGUAGAAGUUUCACCUUUUUUUUUAAUGAUCUUGUCUGUUUGUAUUUUUAGCGGUAUUGCUUCUAACAACCAUUAAUAAUUAAUUAUUAUUUUCUAAACUGUAGUUAUGGUGCCUGGUGUGCCUCAGCACCCCCUAGUGUAAGUUGAACUGUUUGCUAAUGUUGAGAGUGAAGAGUCUAUUGGGCAUGACACUGAUACUUAUAGUAGGCUUAAAGGACCACUAUAGGCACCCAUACCACUUCAGCUCAAUGAAGUGGUCUGGGUGCCAGGUCCCUCAGGUUUUAACCCUGCAGCUGUAAACAUAGCAGUUUCAGAGAAAUUGAGUAAUGCUUUCCUAUGGGCAGGUUGAAUGCGCGCGCGGCUCUAGCUGACGUCGGCAGGGGGAGGAGAGGUCACCAGCACUGAGGGAGCCCGGCGUUGGAUUAAGGUAAGUGGAUGAAGGGGUUUUAACCCCUUCUGUCCAGCAGGAGUGGGGCCGAGGGGGGGGAAGGGGACCUGAUAACCCUACAGUACCAGGAAAGGUUUUUUUUUUUGUUUGUUUUUUUCUGGCAGUAUUACAGUAUUAUAUAGCGAUAUCACUAAAACAGUCUUACCUCCCAAAUUACUUGUAUCAGAUGGAGAUGGUGCUGAAGGGCCACUUGCAUAUUGCAUUUUAAGUCUAAACAUACCCUAUGUCAAGUUCACUAUUCCAUUUCAAUUCAGUCGAUAGGGUAGGAAGGGUUACUUUUACUAAAAACAGUGUUUUUGUUUAAAUAUUUAAUAGUCAACCAGUCCUCAGAAGUUUUGUUUCCAAUUAUCUAUUCCUUCUGAACAACAUUUCAGAACAAGAGCAUUUGAGGAGUAAUGAAGAAAACCAUUCCUUUGAUCUAUUGAAUAACCCUAUGGCAAAUGGUCUAUAUUUUGGGCUUUGAGCUUGUCAGAAAAUGUACACAUUUCUUGUGAGUAGGUUGUUCUAAAUCACAAGAUGUAAGAAAGGCAAAAAGUACAGAUUGCACGUUUCAAGAAAACUGUGACAAGAUUGUUUGCUAAAUUAGCCACUAAUAUGCAGUGUAUCGUAAAACUCUAGACAGUUACUGUUUAUAUAAGUCUGUAAGAAUAAUGCACAACCAUAUUAUUUGUCCACUUUUCUCUUCGCAAUGUUGUAGCAUUGAUUACUGUUCCUGGAUCACUAUAUCUAGAUGGCAUUUGCACUAAUCCCUUUCAGUAGAGAGAUGAGUGGUGAUGUAACUGUUUUUCCCUGUCUAUAAUGUUUUUUCAUUUGUUGUUAACGGCUGUUAAAUUAACAUUCUGCAGGAAGAUGAUGAUAUAGAAGAAGGUGACCUCCCGGAACAUAAGAGAUCUCCUCCUCCUGUGGAUUUCUCAAAGCUUGAUCCCAGUAACCCAGAGAGCAUUUUACAGAUGACCAAGAAGGGCAAGACUAUAAUGGUCUUUGUGACUGUUUCUGGUAACCCCACUGAGAAGGAAACAGAGGAAAUUACAAGCCUGUGGCAAGGCAGUCUUUUCAAUGCUAACUAUGACAUUCAGAGGUACGAAGCUUCCAUUAAUUCAAUACUUUAUUCUACUUGGUUACUGUCAUACGGGUGAAGCUUUAUUUAUUCUAAUGCACACUAACAUUACAUGAAUCCCUUAACCUUUCAUUGAUUUUUAUCUGAUGGCUGAUUAUGAUUGACUAGCUACAUAUUGGUGUUCUUCCUAAAUAAAGCAUAUCGGCAUACUCUGUAACAGAAAGAGAGAUUUCACUGUUUUUAAUACAAGCUUUCACUUCAUUACUGCAUCUGCAGAUUCCAUGAUGUUUAAAAGUGCUUCAACUCUCUGUUUCUUGAGUUUGAGUUGAGUGGUUUUCUUCAACAUUUUGCCUGAUCGCAAAAAUAAAAAAAGUUAUAUGUUUCUUUCAAAAGGUAGCUCAAAGUAGCUACAUUUUAUAGUAUACUUUCAGUUUUGCAAUAUUUGAAAUUCACUUUUGAAUUCGCAUUUUAAAGAAACACUAUAGGGUCAGGAACACAAACAUGUAUUCCUGACCCUAUAGGGUUAAAGCCACCUUCUAUCCCACCAGCCCUCCCUUGCCUUCAUAAGUAAAUAUACUAUAAAAUCUUACUUGUAUUCAAGUCUGCAGCCACUCCCCCUGCCCCUGAUCUGCCUGCUUGGCUGAGAUAAUCAGAAGUGAUUCUCUGAAUCAAUCACAAUGCUUUCCAAUAGAAUUGGCUGAGACUGUCAAGGAGGCAGAUCAGGGGCAGAGCCAGCACAAGUUAAACACAGCCAUGGCAAAUAAGCAUCUUCUCUUAGAGAUGAAUUGAAUCAAUGCAUCUCUAUGAGGACAGUUCAGUGCCUCCAUGCGGAGGGUGGAGACACUGAAUGGCAGUGCUGCACACUGUGCAGCACUGCCUCAGGAAGCACCUCUUGUAGCCAUCUGAGAGGUGGCCAGUGGAGUUAUCACUAGGCUGUAUUGUAACACUGCAUUUCUCUCAAAAGACAGUGUUUACUGCAAAAAGCCUGAAGGGAAUGAUUCUACUCAUGUUCUGGUAACUAUAUUGUCCCUUUAAGGAGUAAUGCUUUCCUAUGGGCGAUUUGAAUGCCUGCGCUGCUCUUGCCGCGCAUGUGCAUUCAGAUAUGACAUCGGCAGGGGGUGGAGAGUUCCCCGGCGCUGGAGAAAGGGAAGUGGCCCAGUGGGAGGGUGGCCCGGAGGGUGGGGGGACCUAAUGACCCUAUAAUGCCAGGAAAACGGGUUUGUUUUCCUGGCACUAUAGUGCUUCUUUAAAUACAAUUUUGAAAUCCACACCUCUUAUUCUGCAACUGGGCAUCUCCAUUUUAGCCCCCUGUCCAUCAUUGUUUUAGCUCAGUACUUUGCUCCUGGUAGUCAACAUAAAGGAAGCAUACAGAAAAUGAGGUAAAUGAAACAAUGUUUCUAUUCUUUUUUCUUCAUUUGCAGUUUUUGCCCUGAAAUUGAGUCUAAAUAGGAUUAUGAUGUAAUGUUCAUUAUCUUUUAAGGAAAGCUAUAGUGUCAGGGAAACAAACUCACUCACUUAGGACUUCCCCCAUAGGAAAGCAUUAUUCAGUGCUUUCCUAUGGGCUUUUGGACAAAGCUGGACAUCCUUCUGGAUAGUGUCAGGUCGCCGAACAUCCUAGAAGUCUCUCUAGUGGAUGUCUGGUAAACACUAGAGGAGGAGUUAACCCUAGCAGGUAAUUAUUGCAGUUUAGCAAAUACUGCAAUAAUUUUCCCCUCUGGGUUAAGGAACCUGGGGCAAUGCACCCAGACCAAAUCAAUGAAGUGGUCUGGGUGCCUAUAGUGCCCCUUUGAUAUAAUGUUUUUUGUUUUGUUUUGUUUUUAAAAAUGGAGCAUCCCAUGGAAAAACAUCACAAUUUACAGGUGUUAAUCAAUAUUUUACUCAGUGGUGUAAAUUUUGAAGAAGUGACAGUUCUCCUUUAAAGCAUGUUUUUUGCACAUGUUUGAAGAUACAAUUUUAUCAAGGCACAAAAUUCCCGCUCGCCAACCAGCCUUUGGCAAGUGAACAUUCAGUGUGGUGAGUGAGCCAUGGGCUCUCUCCAAUCAUGCAGUAGCAGGAAGUAUUUUUUAUUUUUUUAUUAUUCUUGUCUAGUAAUAUAGGACUUGAAAAUUCGAGCCCUGCUUUUAUUUUGUAUCACACAUACUCUUCAUGUUAAAGUCAUUACAGUCACAUAUAAGAAAUGUUCACACGUGAUGGUUUCCUAUAUGUACUUCUAUAUGCAAACUGAAUGCAUAUCUUCUCUUGGAUGUACCAUUGCAUAUAAUUUUAUUUUGUAUAUUUUUAUUUUGUAUUUUUUUAAUUUUUUUUUAUUGAUAAAAUUCAUUCCAAUUCUCCUUUUAUACACCCAGGUUUAUUGUUGGUUCAAAUCGUGCAAUUUUCAUGCUUCGGGAUGGAGGCUAUGCUUGGGAAAUUAAGGACUUCCUUGUAAAACAAGAGAGAUGUGCAGAUGUGACUUUGGAAGGACAGGUGUACCCAGGCAAAGGAGCAGAUGGAUCUUCAAAAAGUAAUAACCAGAUUAAACCGGAGAAGAAAAAAAGUACCAAAACUCAAAAAUCCAAGUCGUCUCAUGAAACUAACAAGGCAUCUUCACCAAAAGAAGAUUUAUGACAGCUGCUACCUAGUAGAAGAAUCUAAAUAAAACAUAGAAUAGUCCCAUGACUGGAUUUCCGUUCUAGCACAUGGGUGCUUUCAAUCAAUCGGUUUACUUGUCACUAGGCUGUAACUGGUCUGUUUCACAUGGAACAUGUAAUACUAUGUAUGUCUUUCUCCUAAGCACACCUUACUCCCUAGUGUUUUUUGUAUGCCCGGGUUAACAGUGAUUGCUAAACCUUAAAUCCAUUAAGGACAACUGUCAUAAAAGUUUCAAUUCACAUUUUUUUUAAAAAAAGGUUAUUACAUCAAAAGGGUUACUUAUAACUUAAUAGAAAAAGAAUGUCAUAUUGGGCUACAAAUAAAUUCUAAAUUCACACUGCUUUCCACAUGCCCCCAAAAAUGCAGUGGAUGGUAUAGGGAGGGAGCGAACUGGGACACAAGCAGAUUAUGUCUGUUGUCAGUGUGCUGUGUGCUUUGACGAAAGACAUAAAAUUGACAUUGUCAUAUGUGCCGGGGGUGUAACUAGUUCCUGGCACACACAUGCAAAUAACUUUUUUUUUUUUUUUUUUUUUUAAAUCUAGGUAAGCUGCCAUGCUGGGGCACUACUUUUAUCUGACUGUCUGCUUCUCAACCUAACAUGUCUGCUGCUGCAGUCUCACACAGAGCAGUAGAGUCUGACCCAACAUGGCUGCUUGGUCAGAUAAAGUGAAAUUUUCUCAAAAUUUUUUUAAAACUAAAUACACAAUUUAAAUAAAUAUAUAUAAUGUAACAUUCAUUAAAUAUAAUCAAUAAAACACAAGAAGUGACAAUUUGAUGACAGUUGUCCUUUAUAGGUACACUAACAUUGCAUGCCUGAAUCCUUGUGCAUUAAAUCAAGUCAUACCAGGUUUACACAAUAUUCAUUGGUUGAAAGCUGUCAGCUGACACUCUCAGACAAUGAAUACUGUUGAAAUGUGGUAUGAGUUGGUAUGAUAAUGUAGAAGUGUGAAUUUUUUUUAGCCUAGCACUUUAGACCUGAAUAGUUUCAGGCACUUGACACAGCAAGGUAAGUAAUCAAACUGUUCCUAACUGGAUAUGGCAGAUUCUUGUCCGAGAGAGCCCUGGGACUCCUAGCACUAAACCACUACAGCCUGCUAUAGUAUUUGUAGUGCUUAGAGUUAGGGAUCGACCAAUAUUACAUUUCCAGAGCCAAUACAGAUUAUCCUAAAUUUACAAGACCAAUACCACUUAUCAGAAAUAUGCAGAAUAUCGGCUCUAAUAAUCGGCAGAAUCGAUAAUUGGUCUAGCGUAUCUCUAGUGUGGUGAGAUGAUCAUUGGUAUUAUACGCAACAAAACCCAAGCAACAAUAUCCAAACUUUCCUUUAGGUUGCAGCCUUUGUAAUUGUGGUAUUAUUCUUCCAUGAAGAAUACAACUGGUGAUGGGUUCCCCUGUACCAAUACCGUGUCUAAUCGUUCUGGGUGGCUUUUUACAUCUUGACUUAGUUUGUUAAAUUAUGUAUUUUAUUUUUGUUUUACCCACAAAGCAAAAUGGUAAAGUGUUGACAUCUUGAUUUUAAAUACAUAAAUAUUACAAACAUUGUUUGUACUACUGGUGCCGAUAUCUGCACACUGGAAACGAUUAAUAAGUCUUUAUAUAAAAAAAUUAUUUAACAUAAUGAAAGGACUUUUUUCUUAGGUUUACAGGAAACAGAGGGUAACUCAUUCAAAUAUUAGUGUACAUCUAAAAACUGGUCAUCACAAAUUUGAUUGUUUGUAAAACAUGUUCGUACUAAUGUGAUUGUAGUCUAUUAACAAGGCCACCAAUAACUUAGACGUAGGUAUCUUGUUGGUACUGAAAACCUUCUCCCCCUAACAAAAAGAAGUGCCAUGAAAUAUUUAUGUAUUUGUAGUUUGAAAAUCAUGCAAUAACAUCAGUCAGUUUACAUAUGGUACUGUUCCUCUUACCAUUUCAGGUGCAAGAAUUGCACCAACUCAUCCUAAAAAAAUCUAUCUACAACUUGUGAUUGUACAAGUGUUACUGGCUAAUAAUAUUUUCUAUAACUUUAUUUGAGAAACUGUGUGUGUGUGUGGUUUUUUUUUUCUUCACAUUUUAAUGUUUGUUUUGUAUAGUUUCAUCAGAGCCUGUGAUCUACUUGGCAUUUAAUUUGUUUAGGAUAGUGGUUCUGAGUCUCGUUUGUUUGAAAUAAACUUGUCAUGUUCGAUUUCAAGCAACAGCCCAUACGUUGUCUAAAGUAUAGAUAAUUGCCUUUCAUGUUGCAAUGGAGAUGUCAAGCAGGUGCAUUGCUAAAUUUAUUUUACUACAGUUAUUUUAUUACAGCUAAAGAAUGGGUCACCCUGCUACUGCCAUAAGUUGCCAGUUGAAAAUAGUUAUAACCCACUGGUUAAGAGUCUUGUGCCAGCAACAACUGUGCCAAUUUACGUACUGGAGCCUUAUUUUGAAGGAUUAUUUGGAUAAAUACAUUUGAAAGCUAGUGUAUGGGAUUGAAGAGAAGGCUGCACAGUAUUAUAUCAGUAUUUCUAUGUCUGUUAUGCAUUGUAUCCCACUAUUAUUAAACACUAUACACAGCUGUUAGGAAUGCUGCCAAACACUUUCUUUCCUAAAUAAAAUUUUUUUGCUACUUUUUAACCAAAAAUUGCUAUGUUCUUAUUCUCCGAUAAUUAGAAAAUAUUAGUAAUAGUUUGCAUGCUUGUUUCUAAUUAAUUUUGUGCUCCAAUAUAUGCCUAGUUUACUUGGUGACAGUACAAGAGGAAGUCGAAGUAAAUGGUUAACUGCAUUGGUAAACACAUAAACAGAUUACUUUGAAUUGUUAAACAGUGUGGAAAUUGAUAUUGUUAGCUCCAGAGGAUAAGCUUGUUGGUUUCCAUGUCUCGACUUUUUGUUACAAAAUUUGAGUAUUUGUCAUGCAUUAAAAUCAGCCACUAUACAAUUUGGUAUCAUUCUGUUCAGUAUGUGUCCAGCUGUGCUGGCAU